UGUCUGGAGACGCGCCUCCUGAAGCCGCGACCUGUGAACGCGUCCAAUAUCAAUUGCUACCUCACCCUACUCGCCAUCAAGUUACUAAAGCGCUUCUGAAAGCACUCUAGGACCAUGUUGUUUCUUUCGAAGACUACCUGUGUAAAACAUGGACGCAGCACGCAUCUCAGCGAAGCAUCUACCAUGCGCUUCGUCGCCGAACACACCGACCCCAAUCCCUCAAGUGCGUGGUGCCCUCGAACAUCACAGCUGAACAUACAUCAUUAUGGACAGGAUUCCAUCUGAUGGUAUUGGAUGGGUCAAAUGCCAUGAAGAAAGCAGGGCUAGGUUGUUGGAGCAGCUCAAAGAUCUGAUUCAGGAGAUGCGACGCAUCACGCCAUCUAAGGGCACAAGCGUUGCCAAUGUGAAUGGCGGUUCUUUAUACGAUCCUCGACUGAUGGAUUUGUUUAUAUUCGGACCUCUUGAGGCGUUCAUGGAAUUCCACAGAUAUUUAAGAGGAAGUUCACGCUUUCAGGAACUACGAUCUGAUCCAACGCCUUCAUAAGCCCCCGACAUUGUUCACCAUACUGUCCUCUCGUGCGAUAUUCGCUGGCUAGAGUUGUCAAGAUAGCGCAGUUUUAGUAUCGUAGGACCUCGUCUCUGUAGACCUCCUAUGACGAUACAUCCGUAAAGCGAACAUU